CCACUCGGAGACGGAGACAGUGAAGAGCAGCGAGUAGUUACACUGCCUGACUCUACUGAACCUCAUCACUGACACGUCCUGUACAGCGGAGGGACAAACUAAACGUACUCAACAGAAGUUGAGUUCAAAGCUCAGUUUUUGUCUCGUUGGACGCGUGUUGCUGAGCUACUGAACACCCUUGAGUCGUGAAGUUGACAAACAAGGUCUUCAGCAUCCUCUGCUGUGUUCCCGCUUCAGUGAAACCUACCUCCUUCCACCCCACCCAUUGACUCCGCCUCUUUCAUGAUGUCCUCUCAGGCCACGCCAAUCCAGGGGUCACAACCGGUGACUCCUCCGCCGACCUCCCCGCGUUCUCCAUUGUCACCAGAGUCUCUGCAGCCUCCAGGUUGUAGACACAGGGACCGCUCGCCUUCCCCCAUGAGAGGCUACCUCAUCCCCAGCCCUCUGCCCACACGCAGAAACAGGACCUGCUCAGCGACGGCCCGUGCAUCAGAGGGUCCGGUGUUUACUGGUGUGUGUAAAUGUUUUUCCCGCUCCAAAGGCCAUGGCUUCAUCACGCCAUCCGACGGGGGCAAAGACAUCUUCGUCCACAUUUCAGACAUUGAGGGCGAGUACGUGCCAGUGGAAGGCGACGAGGUGAGCUACAAAAUCUGCUCCAUCCCUCCCAAACACGAGAAGGUCCAGGCGGUGGAGGUCACCAUAACCCACCUCAACCCGGGAACCAAACACGAGACCUGGGCAGGACGCGUCGUCAGCAGCUGAACACCGACCCCGGCAGUACAGGGUGGGCGGGGUCAAAGAAACUGGGAGGGAUGGAAGGGUUAACAAAGGGAAAAAAUCUCCAAGUUUACUUAUGUGGGAGGCUUCCUCUGCCCUUCCUGGAAAACAAUAUUUUGGAACAUACCUAGAUUGAUGAUUUCAGUGAAAGAGAUGUUUAUCAUAGAAAGACUCCUAACAUUAGGUUUCUUGCUUCGAUUUUUAGACCUCUUGUGUUGACAUUGGAAGGUGCAUUGUUUGAAAUUGUACUUUAUUUGGUAAAUGGAAAUUCAUUUCAGCUGCAAUUAUUACUACAAUAAUGUGGAGAACGGAUGAAGAACGGCUGCUGUAUGAGCACUCGAAGUUACAUCAUCCUACACCACGGGGUUACUCUCCAGGUAUACUGUGUGCCUACUUCUACCCAGAGAACUGACAGCUCAGUUUGUGCCUACUUCUACUAAUCUAUCAUCUGUAUUUGAUCAUGUGUGGGUGGCUAUAUGAGGGGAUUAAAGCAUUUUCAACUGGUA